CCUUCUCUAUAAAUACGUACGUUUCUCAUACUUUGCUUACUACAAAAAGAAUCCUGCUAAAAAAUCUUGAUUUCUUGCAACCUUUUUCCUUCCAUGGCUUCUUUAGCAUCUGCCGCCAGAGGUUGCUACAACAUGCCGGUUUCCGACAAGUAUGAGCAUAAAAGACAAGGCUUUUCCUUAAGCAAAGUCAUUUUUGCCGGAAAACGUGACCCUAGAGACUCCGUUAUCACAAAUGUUGCUACCAAAAUGCCUUCAAUCGUUCCAUCACCUGAGAAAGAUGAUGUUGGUGCUGGCCGGAAUCAUGUUGCCUGGACUAGUGUCCGGCAAGAGAGAUGGGAAGGAGAGCUUCUUGUACAAGGAGAGAUUCCAUUAUGGCUGAAAGGGACGUACCUUAGAAACGGACCUGGACUCUGGCACAUAGGGGAUUAUAAUUUCCGGCAUCUCUUUGACGGCUAUGCCACAUUAGUCAAACUCUAUUUCGAGAACGGUCGAUUAGUUGCCGGUCACCGCCAAAUCGAAUCGGAGGCUUACAAGGCAGCGAAAAAGAAUAACAAGCUAUGUUUCCGUGAAUUCUCUGAGGUGCCAAAACAAGAAAACUUUUUGGCUUAUAUUGGGGAGAUUGCAAACCUCUUCUCCGGUGCUUCCUUAACAGACAAUGCCAACACCGGCGUCGUCAAGCUUGGCGACGGCCGUGUUGUUUGCUUGACAGAAACACAAAAAGGGUCAAUUAUAAUUGACCCGGAAACACUAGACACGUUAGGGAAAUUUGAGUAUAGCGAUUCACUAGGGGGUUUAAUUCACUCGGCGCAUCCAAUAGUGACAGAUAACGAGUUCUUGACUCUGUUGCCGGAUUUGUUGAAGCCGGGGUAUUUGGUGGUGAGAAUGGAGCCUGGAAGCAAUGAGAGGAAGGUGAUCGGAAGGGUAGAUUGCCGGGGAGGGCCGGCGCCUGGGUGGGUACACUCUUUUCCUGUGACUGAAAAUUAUGUGAUAGUACCAGAAAUGCCAUUGAGAUAUUGUGCAAAGAAUUUGCUAAAAGCUGAGCCCACACCACUUUACAAGUUUGAGUGGCAUCCUCACUCUAAAGGGUUUAUGCAUGUCAUGUGUAAAGCUAGUGGCAAGAUAGUGGCAAGCGUAGAGGUGCCUCUAUAUGUGACAUUUCAUUUCAUCAAUGCAUACGAAGAGAGAGAUGAAGAAGGGAGGGUGACUUCAAUCAUAGCAGAUUGUUGUGAACAUAAUGCAGACACUACCAUUUUAGAGAAGCUUAGGCUGCAAAAUCUACGAGCUUUCAUGGGCAUGGACGUGCUCCCAGAUGCUAAAGUAGGAAGGUUCAUAAUUCCUCUAGAUGGGAGUCCAUGCGGCAAGUUGGAGGCAGCAUUGGACCCAGAUGAGCAUGGAAGAGGCAUGGACAUGUGCAGCAUUAACCCUGCAUAUUUGGGCAAAAAAUAUAGAUAUGCUUAUGCAUGUGGAGCCCAACGCCCAUGUAAUUUUCCCAACACUCUCACUAAGAUUGAUUUAGUGGAGAAAAAGGCCAAGAAUUGGUAUGAUGAAGGUGCUGUGCCUUCUGAACCUCUUUUUGUGGCUCGCCCAGGAGCUACAGAAGAAGAUGAUGGUGUGGUAAUCUCCAUGAUUAGUGAGAAAAAUGGAGAUGGAUAUGCACUGUUAUUAGAUGGAUCCACAUUUGAAGAGAUUGCAAGAGCCAAGUUUCCUUAUGGUCUACCGUACGGGCUGCAUGGAUGCUGGGUGCCUAAGAAAUGAUAAAAAUGUACACAACUAGCUAAGGAGCUGAGAGUUGGCCGGCAACUUAUUGAUUGAUUGGCAAAAUAUGUCUGAUUGAUCCCUUCUCCUUGCCAAAUACCUAUUUCUUGAUUUUAUUAAUAUUAUUUUUCAUUAUCUAUGUUGGAUAUUAAUAGGUUUCCGGUUAUAAUAUUAUUUUUCUUUUUCUAGACUUUA